AUGCUCCUCCUCCUGCUGUCGACGUGCUCCUGCCGCGCGGCGAGCAGCAGCGGCAAGAACCCGACCGCCGUGGUGCUGCCGGUGCGCAAGGACAGCGCGACGCUGCAGUACCUGACCAGCUUCCGGCAGCGCACGCCGCAGACGCCCGUGACGGCGGUGCUCGACCUGGGCGGCGCCACGCUCUGGGUGGACUGCGACCCCGGGUCGUACGCGUCCUCCUCCUACGCCCGCGUGCCGUGCGCGUCCAAGCCGUGCCGCCUGGCCCGCACGGCCGCCUGCGCCACCAGCUGCGUCGGCGCGCCGUCGCCCGGGUGCCUCAACGACACCUGCGGCGGGUUUCCCGAGAACACCGUCACGCGCGUCGCCACCGGCGGCAACCUCAUCACCGACGUGCUCUCGCUGCCCACCACCUUCCGCCCGACGCCGGGGCCGCUCGCCGCCGCGCCGGCGUUCCUGUUCGCCUGCGGCGCCAAGUUCCUCACCGAGGGCCUCGCGUCGGGCGCCGCCGGCAUGGCGUCGCUCAGCCGCGCCCGCUUCGCGCUCCCGACGCAGCUCGCCGCCACGUUCCGCUUCACGCCCAGAUUCGCGCUCUGCCUCCCCUCGACCACCUCGGCCGGGGUCGUCGUCUUCGGGGACGCGCCCUACGCGUUCCAGCCCGGGGUGGACCUCUCCGCCGGCUCGCUCCUCUACACGCCGCUCCUCGUCAACAACGUGAGCACCGCGGGGGUCUCCGGCAAGGGGGACAAGUCGACCGAGUACUUCAUCGGCGUGACGGCCAUCAAGGUGAACGGCCGCGUCGUGCCGCUCAACGCCACGCUCCUGGGAAUCGACAAGCAGGGCGUGGGAGGCACCAAGCUGAGCACGGCGCCCUAUACCGUGCUGGAGAGCUCCAUCCACAAGGCCGUCACCGACGCGUUCGCGGCGGAGACGGCCAUGAUCCCUCGCGUGGCCGCCGUAGCGCCGUUCAGGCUCUGCUACGACGGGAGCAAGGUCAGACGGAGGGAGUAUUACAAGCAAGUCCUGGCCAAGCAGCAGGGCGCCACCGGCGACAUCCGCUCCCGCGACAUCAGAAGCGGCAUGGACGCCACCAAGAAGCCGUGA